CGCCGCACCUGGAGGCGGAGCCAAGCCCCGCGGCCCGCCUGCUCCCGCGCGCGAAGCCCCCUCCCCGCGUCCUUCCCGCCGCGCUGCAGACGCGCGCAGGUGCGUGAGGCCGCGCCCGCCCCGGACCCUGUGGAAGUGGGCCCGCCAUGGAGCACAUCCGCACGCCGAAGGUCGAAAAUGUCCGCUUGGUAGAUCGAAUAUCUUCUAAAAAAGCAGCCCUAGGUACUUUGUAUUUGACGGCUACUCAUGUAAUAUUCGUGGAAAAUGCACCUGACACCAGAAAAGAAACAUGGAUUCUUCACAGUCAGAUUUCCACCAUUGAGAAACAGGCAACAGCCGCUACUGGGUGCCCUCUGCUGAUUCGCUGCAAGAACUUUCAGCUGUUACAGCUCAUCAUACCGCAGGAAAGAGACUGCCAUGAUGUGUACAUCUCUCUCAUACGCCUUGCUCGGCCAGUGAAAUACGAGGAGUUAUACUGCUUUUCAUUCAACCCCAAGCUGGAUAAAGAAGAAAGAGAACAGGGUUGGAUGCUGAUCGAUCUCAGUGAAGAAUACAAGCGAAUGGGCCUCCCUAAUAAUUAUUGGCAGCUCAGCGAUGUGAAUAGAGACUACCGAGUUUGUGAUUCUUACCCUACUGAACUGUAUGUUCCCAAAUCGGCCACAGCACACAUCAUCGUGGGGAGUUCCAAAUUCCGGAGCAGACGGCGAUUUCCUGCCCUUUCUUACUACUAUAGAGAUAACCACGCCUCCAUCUGUCGGAGCAGCCAGCCUCUGUCCGGCUUCAGUGCCCGCUGCCUGGAGGACGAGCAGAUGCUUCAGGCCAUCAGGAAAGCCAAUCCAGGAAGUGACUUCAUUUACGUCGUGGACACUCGGCCCAAACUCAAUGCAAUGGCAAAUCGUGCCGCAGGGAAGGGCUAUGAGAACGAAGAUAACUACUCCAAUAUCAAGUUUCAGUUCAUCGGGAUAGAGAACAUCCACGUCAUGAGGAACAGUCUGCAAAAAAUGCUGGAAGUGUGCGAACUUAAAUCUCCCUCGAUGAGUGACUUUCUGUGGGGACUGGAGAACUCUGGCUGGUUAAGGCACAUUAAGGCCAUCAUGGAUGCAGGAAUCUUCAUUGCAAAGGCAGUCUCAGAGGAAGGGGUGAGUGUGCUGGUUCACUGUUCUGAUGGCUGGGACAGGACAGCCCAGGUGUGCUCAGUGGCCAGCCUCCUGCUCGAUCCGCAUUACCGGACUCUGAAGGGCUUCAUGGUAUUAAUUGAAAAGGACUGGAUUUCCUUUGGUCAUAAAUUUAAUCACAGAUAUGGCAAUCUAGAUGGUGAUCCAAAAGAAAUCUCUCCAGUUAUCGAUCAGUUCAUCGAAUGUGUCUGGCAGUUAAUGGAACAAUUUCCCUGUGCCUUUGAGUUCAAUGAGAGAUUUCUGAUUCACAUUCAACAUCACAUUUAUUCCUGCCAGUUUGGAAACUUCCUAUGUAACAGCCAGAAGGAGCGACAAGAACUCAAAAUUCAAGAAAGAACAUACUCUUUAUGGGCUCACCUGUGGAAGAAUCGGGCCGACUACAUGAAUCCUCUAUUUAGGGACGAUCACAGCCAGACCAGGGGAACCCUUCGUCUCCCCACAACGCCGUGCAACUUCCUGUACAAGUUUUGGAGUGGGAUGUACAACCGCUUCGAAAAGGGGCUGCAGCCCCGACAGUCUGUUACCGAUUACCUCAUGGCGGUGAAGGAGGAAACCCAGCAGCUGGAGGAAGAACGAGAGGCCCUAGAAGAAAGGCUGGAAAAAAUUCAGAAAGUCCAGUUAAAUCACACUAAAGUGAAGGCUAAGCAAAGUGAACCCAGCAAACACUCAGGGUUUUCUACCUCAGACAACAGCACAGCCAACACUCCCCAGGAUUACAGUGGAAACAUGAAAUCCUUUCCAUCCAGGAGUCCUUCACAAGGUGAUGAAGAUUCUGCUCUCAUUCUAACCCAAGACAAUUUGAAAAGCUCAGAUCCGGAUCUGUCGGCCAACAGCGAUCAAGAGUCUGGGGUGGAGGACUUGAGCUGUCGGUCCCCAAGUGGUGGGGAGUGUGCACCAAGCGAAGACAGUGGCAAGGACCGUGAUUCUGACGAAGCUGUGUUUCUCACUGCCUGAAGUUUCUCUGUGGAGUUCCAAAAUAAAGGACACACAAGAAACACUUUCCAAAAAGAAGGGAGCAGUGCAAUUCAAAAUAAAAAAAUCAUUCAAGAAAUGGUACAUGUCUUUGAGAAUUAUAAAACGUAGCAAUGGAAAGGGAAAAAAAAGGUCCAGCUUUUACUUUCUUUAGAUGCUGAAGAACAGGAAGUAGCCAUUUCUUUUACCAACUAUAUAUAAGGAAAAGUUAUUCCCCAUUUUUAGUUCUGGAUUCUGAAAGUUUUGUUUACUACAUAGCGCUGACCUCUUCUAUCACCUGAGUUAUUGGCACAGAUCUUCCUUUCACAGCAUGCAUCUGCUCAGAGUGCCGACCCCUUCUCCCCAACCUGCUGUCCUCAGCCCUCACCCUUAUUUCACUUCCAGAUACGUAUUUUGUUUUCGAAAUCCCUUGACAUUGCCUUCCUCCCUCUGUUAUCGGUAUUUCUAGUAACGGAGCACCCGGCAGAAACAUACCCUUUGUGGUUAGCAGAUGUCUCUGUAACUGACGAGGUCUGUAAUUGCUUGAGCUUUUCAGGUUUCACGAUCACUUUAACUUUUCUUUAGAUAAUAUAUUUUGAAUUGUUAUAAUAAUCUUGUUGCCUUUUUCUGCAAUCUCAUCAUUUAAAAAUUGCUGAAACUUAUAACUCACUUUCUCUAACGGGUCUAAUACCUAAUAAAAUAGAAAUAACAUUUA